CCCUAUAAAACACACACACACACACACACACACACAUACACAACAAAUAUGGCUCGGCGUAGUGGUGCAAAUCUCGCCGCGAGCGAGGAGCCUCAGAAGUUGAGUUAUCUACAGCCUGAAAUUCUUCCUGUGCAAGUAAUGGUCGAUGUCCUGAAAGAAAGAGGGAUUAAACCAGCCAUUCUACAGCAAGCAGAUAGACUGAAAAUCAUUCAUCUCUUCUAUAAGUAUGUUAGUCCAAAAUAUCAGCGUGACUGCCGAGACAAUCGCCGUGGAAAAUUGAUGAAAAAAAUAAGAGAAAGAAAAGCUAUCCACUUAAAGGAUGAAGACUGGAAAAUGCUUGUGUUAGAGUCAAAAGGCAAAAUUUUUCCCAACUUGUCAACAAAAACUACUGUAAAUAAUGAGGGUGAGAGAUUGAAGCCACCACCCUCCUGCAUCAACACUGAAAGAAAAAUCAUUAAACUGGGCAGUGUAACAAAAACAUCCUCCUCAACUGGCUUAGAUUUCCUCAUCAUUAAGAAAGAUGAUUCUGAUGUUACUGAAGACAAAGAAAGUAACAAGAAACAGAAAAUGUUAAAAGAGAAGAGGAAAACACAGUGUGAAGAAGAAACCAGGACAAAGAAAAUAAAGGUAGAUCAUGAGGAAAAUGAAACAGUACUUCUGAAGAAUCCAGUGGAAGGUUGCAAGACAUUGAAGUCCGAUAGGAGACUCAUCACGUGGCCAUAGGGUUUGACUUGCCUUAUUCCCUGGCAUCAAAUAUACACCAGUAUCCAAGAUUUGCUCCUAAAUUUUUGAGCUCAAUAUUGCACAUUUAAAGCAAAAACAGAAGCAAAGAAGUUCUUGAGUCUUAUAAAACUCAAGAUAUCUAUUGUUGUACAUGUUCAUGUAUUUCAUUAUUGAAACAAUCACAUCAUUGUAUGGUAACUAUUCAUUGUUUGCAAACUGAUUCAUGAUAUUAAAAUAGCUACCACACUA